UCUUAUUGUAUUAAUAUUUCUCUCUCUUGAUUUUCUUCCAUGUCUUGUUCUGAACUGACAAAAACAACAAGAGUGAGAAAAAACCAGACAAUCAGUUUCAGCUAAGACAUUAAACAGAGUCACAUGGAAGAUUCACACUUUGGAUCUUAAAAAAGAUGGAAGCUUUAGCUAAAGAACCUGAAGGGGUAGUGGUAAUCAUCGACAUUGAUGGAGAAGAAGAACCAGCAAACCAGACAGACAACGAGGAGCAGCAACAAGGGACCAACAGCAGCAGGUGUUCGUCGUCUUGUUCGAAUGAAGCAAAAUCUGGGACAAGUGAGAUCAUAAAGGAGAGGGGAUCUUCAGUGUCGGAUACUAGUUGUUCUUCUUCUUCCUUAGAAGUGGAUCUGGAAGCUGAGGUGGUGACUGAAACCAAGCUGCAUUUGGACAAUGUGGAGAGGGAUUGUCGGAUUUGUCAUCUCAGCUUGGAUCCAAGUAACCAAGAAUGUGAUUUGCCUAUUGAGUUGGGGUGUUCUUGUAAAGAUGAUUUAGCUGCUGCUCAUAAACAGUGUGCUGAAGCCUGGUUCAAAAUUAAGGGAAACAGAAUAUGUGAGAUUUGUGGAUCCACUGCUCGCAACGUUGCUUGCAUGAACGAGACCGAGAUGAUGGAGCAAUGGAAUGAUUCGAAUGAUUCCAUAGCUGUGGCGGCAGCAGCGGCAGUUCCUGUCGGGACUCGUGGUGCAGACUCGAGAAACUUCUGGCAGGGUCAUCGGUUUCUAAAUUUCCUACUAGCUUGUAUGGUCUUUGCCUUUGUAAUCUCUUGGCUCUUUCACUUUAAUAUACCAUCAUGAGAAUCUAUAGCAUGUUGUUUAUAUUAGUAUUUAGAACUUCAACAACUUUUUGUAAUAAUUUUAUGUUGUGUUCUGUGUUGGAUUUUAAUUCAACAUAACAAAGAAUGUUAUCAAAUUCUGUGUUUUUUUUUUUGUUUACAUUGCACCAUUUGAA